UCUUUGCAUUAAAGCGUCGGUUCGAUUGAUUUUCGGUUUGAGUUUGGCGAGAUUUCGGGCUCCCAGUACCCGGAUCUCAUCCGUUCUCUUUGAUUCUCUAGAUUUUGUCGCCCAGUUAUUACUCGCCGGCGACGAUGUUCCUUGUUGAUUGGUUUUACAGCGUCCUUGCCUCCAUCGGCCUCUUGCAGAAGGAAGCCAAGAUCCUUUUCUUAGGGUUGGACAACGCCGGAAAGACCACUCUCCUGCACAUGCUCAAGGAUGAGAGGUUGGUUCAACACCAGCCUACACAGUACCCGACAUCAGAGGAGCUGAGCAUCGGGAAGAUCAAGUUCAAGGCUUUUGACUUGGGAGGACAUCAGAUCGCGCGACGUGUCUGGAAGGAUUACUACGCCAAGGUUGAUGCAGUGGUAUAUCUAGUGGAUGCAUUUGACAAGGAGAGGUUUGCAGAGUCAAAAAAGGAGCUGGAUGCACUUCUAUCUGAUGAUUCCUUGGCAAAUGUUCCAUUUCUCAUUCUUGGAAACAAGAUUGACAUUCCGUAUGCAGCAUCAGAGGAUGAGUUGCGCUUUCAUUUAGGCUUGAACAAUUUCACAACUGGCAAGGGCAAGGUGAAUCUUGCAGACUCCAAUGUCCGCCCCCUCGAAGUUUUUAUGUGCAGCAUUGUGCGUAAGAUGGGGUAUGGUGAUGGCUUCAAGUGGGUUUCUCAAUACAUAAAGUAGGUUAUGAACUCAACUUGAAAGAUUUACAACAUAUGUUCCUUUAGUUGAGUGCAGCCAAAACUUUUCUUGGUUUAAAACUUAUCUUGGUUUCUUUGGUGUGAUGGGUCUUGACUCUCUCAUACAGAGGAAUUAGUGUGAUAGCAAAAUAGAUUUGUGAAUUGUGAUUAUAAUGUCUGUUUUUUUUUUCUGGAUCU